GGGGGGGGGAACCGAUUAGAUUUCGCAACCGCCUCGUUCACAGAGUUUGGUUUAACUGAAUGCCAUUUUGUGCUGUGCGCUCCCUGGUAUGUGCGCGCUUGUGCGCAUGAACGCGUGAGCCGGAGCCGGACGGGUCCAUAUAUGCGCAGCAGGUUUAACUGUGCAGGAUUAAUUCAUUCAGCCCCGUCUGAACCUGCGCGUUGUCAGAGAGCCGCCUGCCUGCUGCCGGGGCCCCUUUUCUUCUCGGGAUUUUUACGACGUCAGCUCGUCUGGAGCUCCGCUGGUUUUGACGCAUCCGGGCAGCGGCGCCGCAACAGGCUGAGCAGCUGGACACUCCGAACAGGAACAUGUCUUCAGGAGGGCCAGCGGCCGAGUUCAGGCUGCACGGCCUUUUCCCUCGGUUUGACCCCGAGGCGGCUGCAGUGGUGUCCAUCCUGUUUGGUCUUUUCCAGGUGCUGCUGUCGGUUCCUCUCUACUACUUGGACAUCGGCCUUCCUAAAAGCCUCUUCCUGCUGCCUCUCAUCGUAGGAGGUCUGAUUGUGGCGGCAGGAUCCUUGACCGUGACCACCAUAAGAUCUCCCAGCAGACAACUGCUGCAGAGCUGUGCCUACAGUAACGCUGCCGGCCUGCUGGGGACGCUGUUGGCCUUCUGUAUCUACUGCUUCUCCCUCACCACUCCAGAGGAAGUAAACUGCACCCAGCCCCAGGAGAACGACCACUUCGACUUCAUUCCCUUUUAUUUUUGUCCUGCACAAUACCUUACGGACUACUUCCGGAGUGUAACAGCGCUGCUGCUGCUGUAUGACGUGGGGGCCGUGGUGCUGCACUCCCUGCUCUCUGUUUCCGCCUUCAGAGCUCUAAAAGCCAACUGACAGCUCGGCGCACGGGUCACACUUGCAGAGGUCACCGACACCCGACAGGGAUGACGGGCCCAGAGCGACCGGGGUUUCACUCCUACCUAAAACGCCAUGGGCGGUCAAAAUGACCGCCGGUUUUUAAACUCUAUAUUGUGUCAAGAUAAAUACCCAGUUGAGAUGUUAAUGCAUUGCACACGUUUGUAUCUCUGUUAUGAAACUAGCUGACACCAAAAUUAACAUUUUACCAACUUUUAAUACUAUUUUUUUUUAAAAAGAUUUAAAAUGGCCGCUGUCCAACGCCUCGGUGGUAGUCCUGGCGCGUCUGUAACCAGACAUGUUGGCAAUAAUCAAAAAUCAAGUCUAGACUAUUUCUCUCCACUGGAGGGCGCUAGCGUAUUUCUAGGGCAGAGCAACGAACUUCGUGAAGGAAAUGACGCCACCAACACACGUCAUAGUGACAUGACGCGCACGGCCACGCGCAAACUACAGACGGUGUCAUUUUAAUGCAACUGUAGCGAAUGCGAGAGGCAGCCGCGGGCACCGCCACAGCCGGGACGCGAACCUGCAUCUCCCGCACCGCGGCCGACAACGUUACCCAGUCGACUGAAGGCUCCGACACGUCAGCUUUUCCAUGCACGUUACACAACUAUUUGCAAUUUUAGGAGAAUUCAGGAAGCGGAAGGUCUGUACCUUUUUUUUCUUCCUCUCACAAAGUUAUUAAACUUUGAAUUGAAUGAAGUUAAAAAAAACAACACCUCAUUUUUUCCCCCCCUUGAAUUUUGAAUUCUGAAAUACGUGAAAGAUAAAUAAUGCUAGUGUGCUUUGGAAACGUACUGCUUAUGUGGACACUUUACAAAUGGCACACACACACGUGUUUCCAUUAUACGUUGUGUCUGGCUAAUUGGACCAUCACAAAGACAAAUAUUAUAAAUAAAAGUUUUAUUACCCAUGACACACCGAGAUGAUGUAAACUGUUUGUAAUAAAGCUACUUUUGAGGCA